AUGGAUGACCGCACCAUAGAUUCAAUAUUCUUGGGCUCCCUCGAGUCCUUGCCGCCGGUUAGCUCGAAAAUUGUGCGUAUCUUUACCAGCUCCACGUUUACGGAUACCACAAUGGAGAGGAACACACUGAUGGCCAAAUGCUAUCCCCGUAUCAAGGAUUAUUGUCGCGAGAAACAUGGCCUUGAGUUUCAGGUGGUGGACAUGCGUUGGGGUGUCCGAGACGAGGCCACGGAUGAUCACAUGACCACAGAGCUCUGCAUGCGUGAGAUCAAGAAUUGCCAACGCCUCUCCAUGGGUCCCAAUUUCAUAGUGUUCUUGGGUCAGAAGUAUGGCUACAGACCCAUCCCCACUUACAUAGUAUCCUCGGAACUGCAGUUGAUAUGUGAGGAGCUGACCUCCAUGGGCGUCGAUCGGGCACUGCUCGAUCUCUGGUACAAAAAGGACAGCAAUGCCGUGCCGCCCAUUUCCGUACUACAACCCAUAUCAUCCAUCUUGAUUAAUUUCAACAACAAGCGCGUACCCAAAUUGCAAGCAGAGGACCAGGCUGUCUGGUGGGAUACGCUCAACAAGAUGCAGAAACUGCUGCGCAAGGCAGCUGCCUCUUUGGGGGCCAGCAAUAAAAUGUCCAAGGAUGAUGUUCACAACUAUUUCAUGUCGGUUACGGAACGUGAGGUGAUCAAUGGCGUCUUAAAUGUAAAGAAUACGAAGAACCAUUGUCUGGCCUAUGUGCGCUAUAUAAACAAUAUCAAUCUGCAAAAUCUGAAGAAGGCCUCUCUCUUUGUGGACAUAAUCAAUCGCAGCUUGGACACGGAAUCUGCUAAACUUCUAGGUGACCUGAGGGAUACUCGACUGCCCGCCAAGAUCGAGUCAAGCAAUGCCCAAAAAUAUACUGUGGAAUGGAUCGGUCGCGAGGGUCUGGACAUUGAGACGCAUGAGGAGUAUUUGAAUCAUUUCAUCUCGCACUUCUAUAAGAAUGUUGUUAAGCUCGUGGAUAGGGCCAUGCGCAAGGAAGACUCCAGUGCACAGGGGCAGAUAGUAACUGAGAUCCUACAGCAUUUGCACGCUUGUAACAAUUCGGUGAAAAUCUUUUACGGCCGCGAAGAAAGUUGCGAGCGUAUCAAGCGAUAUAUGCUGGGGGAUUCAGAUAAGCCACUUGUCCUUUUUGGCGACGGAGGUUGUGGUAAAACUUCAUUGCUGGCCAAAAGCGCCUCAUUGGUAGCUAGCGAAUGGUUCACCGAUAAGCGGCCCAUCAAUAUCAUACGGUUCCUUGGCACCACGCCGGAUUCGAGCGCCUUGACGGCUACCCUGAUAUCAAUAUGCCAGCAGAUAUCGUACAACUAUAUGCUACCCUUUGAGAAUAUACCAGAUGAUCUUGUACCUUUAACAGCACAUUUUAAGCAAUUACUAACUUAUGCUAGCGCAAAUCAGCCGUUAACUCUAUACUUAGAUUCAGUUGAUCAAUUGACGGGCACUCAAGAUUCAAAUAAGGUAUCCUGGAUACCAACGCGUUUGCCAGUCCACUGUAAGAUCAUCAUAUCGUGUGCAAAUGAGCCAGCUAAUCCGAUGGUCUCUCAUGAGUACCAUGUGCUCUGCAAGAUGAUUGAUGUCGAGGAGAACUUCAUUGAGGUGACAGCACUGGGCGAGGAGCUGGCCAUGAACGUGAUCAAAAUGUGGAUGAAGACGGCGUGUCGCGAUCUUAACAAUUACCAGUGGCGUUUGGUGGCCAAUGCCAUUAGCAAGUGCUCCCUGCCCAUAUUUGUGAAGCUGGUCUUUGCCGAGAUAUGUCGAUGGCGCAGUUAUACGCGUCCGCAGGAGACUCAUCUGGCCAACACGGUGAUGGACUCAAUCAUGUUGCUUUACGAGCGUGUGGAGAAGCAGCAUGGUCGCAUCUUGGUCUUCCAUGCACUUGCCUAUAUAACAGCCUCCAAAUCGGGUCUAUCCGAGAGCGAGCUCGAGGAUCUCAUCUCACUGGAUGACAAGGUGCUGGACGAUGUCUAUCAAUAUCAUAUGCCGCCAGUGCGACGUAUUCCUCCCCUGCUCUGGACCCGCAUCCGUAACGAUCUGCCCAACUACCUGAGCGAGCGGGAAGCCGAUGGCGUCAAUGUCAUGAACUGGUACCACAGACAAUUCAAGGAUACAGCCAAGGAGCGCUACUUUAAGAACAUGAAUAUGGCCAUAUAUUUUCAUUCCAUGAUUGCAGAUUAUUAUUUGGGCAUUUGGGGUGGUGGCAUUCCGAAGCCGUUCAAGUUCACGGAGAUCCAGAGACAUCGUUUUGGCUUAGCUGAUAAGGAGGGAUCUGCAGAUCGUAAGGUGCCCAUACAACCCCUGGUCUUCACCAGCAAGGAUGGUCUCUCCAAACGCUACAAUUUGCGCAAGUUCGGAGAGCUGCCUUUCCAUUUCGUGCGCUCUCGGAGAUUUAAGGAUCUGUUUGAGCACGUACUCUUUAAUUAUGAUUGGCUGCAUGCCAAGCUCUCCAGUUGUCCACUGCAGGCAGUCCUAGCUGACUUUGAGGAUGCCUCCACUAACACGGAGGACAAGGAGUCGAAGCGUGAGCUGAUGCUGGUGGCGGAUGCACUGCGUUUGGGUGGCGCCAUCUUGGCCAUUUACCCCAACAUGCUGGCUCCACAGCUCAUUGGACGUCUGUUGCCUGAGAUUGGUGGCAAUCCCAAUAUCAAGAUGUUGCUGCGAGCCUGUGAUCGAUGCGGACCCAAGGAUUGUGCCCUAAUACCGGUCAAUCAUUGCCUGCACACACCUGGCGGUCCUCUCAAGUACUCCCUGGAGGGUCAUCAGUUUGCUGUGUUUGCCUUCUGUCUGACCAGCGAUAUGCGUUACAUGGUCUCUAUAUCGACGCACUUCAUCACUUUCGAUUUGUCCACCUCGGAUUUAACGCGUGACGUCAAUCCUGGCAUCGAGGGCAUUAUGCAGCAGCUGGUACUCAGUCCGGACAACAAAUGGGCAGCUGCCUAUUCCAAUAAUAACCAGAUUGUGCUCCUCAACAUGCUCUCCAGUGAAUUCGUCGUGAUCAACAGUCCGUUUGAGGAAGCCGAUGGUCCCGUCAGCGGAUUAUAUUUGCUCAAUCAGAAUCUAUUCCUGAUUUGUAAACUGCGCUGGGCAAAAUUCGAUAUGCGUGGAAAUUUGGUGGAUAUCUAUGAGGUACCAGGUCAGAAUACGGAUUGGGAGAUCUUGACCAUGGAAUUCUUUAGUCCAAUAGAUUAUAACGUCAUCUUCUGGUCCGGCUCCAUAAAUGAGAUUCGUCUGCGUUUGGAUUCGUGUCGCUCGUCCAAGAGCUCCAACUCGGUGCACUUCUUCAGCGCCUUGGUCAUGAACAAGGGACGAACUCGUGCCUACGGCUGUGCCAGUCCGGAGAACUUUGAGGUGUCCGUCUACGAUUUCACUGAGAACGAGGAGACUGGCGAGAUACUCUGGAGCUUUGUGGAGACCUUGCCGCGGUACGAGAAUGACGAUAAGGAAAUGUUGCUGCAGUUGCGUCUGGAUCAGCAUCAGCACGAUCGCAUGCUGUUGGGAACCGCUGGCAAGGGAUUCGUUAUCUGGGAUUUUGGCUGCACGGAGAAGGAGAACGAACGUGACCCCAUUGCUGUGGGUGCCAUGUACUUGGCUCUGCCACAUGGCGUCAGGAACAUCACCACCCGCAUCAUGCAGUCCAACUCCAUAAUGGUGAGCUCCAAGCUGGACUAUGCUGUGGCUGGUGUGCGCAAAAAUCUCUAUGUGUGGUACCUUCAAACGGGCCAGCUGGCCAAAGUCUUGGAUGCCCAUUUUGGACGCAUCAUACAGCUGGAACCGCUAACCAUUGGCAACUGGAACAAUUUGGUUACCUCCUCCAUAGAUCGCUCUGUCAAAGUUUGGAACAUUAACAACAUAUUCGAGAAGGUGCACGUGAUAGAUCGCCAUGAGCUGCAGAUCGACGACAUCAGCCUGUCCGAGGUGGACAUUGCCGUGACAGUCACACGCAGCUGUGUUGGCGUCUGGGAGACUCGUUCCGGCCGCCUGCUCUCCAAGUUGGCCGACAGUCCCUUGGGUGCGAUUGUAACGCACGCGGAGAUCACACCGGAUGGACGUUACAUCAUCUCCUCGGAGACGGGCAAGUUCUUGGUUUGGAAUCGAGUCUCGGAGCAAGUCGUUUAUCGCGAUGAUCAGCCGGGCAUUCAGCAGAUUACGCUCUUGGAUUACGGCUACAAGGUGCUCACCGUAUCCGUGCCCAACAUCAAUCAGCGGGACAUCAUUGCGGCGGCAGCCGGAGGCUCCGACGAAGCGAAUCGCUUGACGGCCAUCACGACGGUUCGAUCAGUUCCAGAGGGCACAAUACUAUUUCGCUUUGACUUUCCAAUUCGCAUGGUAACUGGAAUGCCAUUCCGGCAAUCGGUGAUUACGGCGGACAACGCUUAUAUCGUUGUGGUUACUGUGGACAAGUCGAACAAGGAUUGCCUGGGCGUCUACAGCGCUACGAAUGGCGCCUUCGUAACCAAAAUUCUACUCAAGGGAUGCGCUAUAAAGGAGGUAUUCUCCCUGGUUCCCAUGCCACACAAGGCCAAUCAGGUGGCUGUGAUAAGCAGCGAGAAAGGAAGCAUUAUGGACAUCAAGAGCAAGAAGCAUGUGCGUUCCAUAGCUAAAUGGGGUGGCAGUUUAACGAGGGAUGGCAAAUGCGGCUUGUAUGCUCCCACAAGAGGUGGCCUCGAGAUGUUGGAGCUGCGCAAGGGGACCACUGUUAAGACCUUCAUUCCCAAAGUGGCCGAAGGGGUUUUCUCCGUCAUUUGUAUCUUCACGGAGAACGACGAGUAUGUGGCAUACUAUCAUAGUGGCCGGAAGACGAUCCGGGUCUUUCGCACCACUGACACCGAGAUGAUAGCCAAUUAUAGGUUGCAGGCCGAAUUAACGGCCAUCAAGAGCAGCAAAGAUGGGCGUGCCAUUGUACUCGGCACCGUCGAUGGCUGCAUGUCUGUGCUGGCUAUUGUGGAUCCCAAGAAGGAGGAAAUGAUUGACUAUCUAAAUGCUCUGCCGUCACGCGAUGAAAACUGGAAGGCCAAGUUGGCCAAGAUGAAGGCGCGUGUGGGCUUUAAGGCGGCCAUAAGAGUGGCUACCAUAUCCUCACGAUAUGCUAAGCACAAGAACGAUGAUGGCGACGGGGAAGAGGAAGAGCUGACUGAAAUAACCGAGGACGUUGUGUCUGUUGCAGAUUAGUUGAAUUAUAAAUAUAACAUUUAUUUUGUUGCAUAAAUAAUGGGGCAUGUUACAAAAA